AUUUCUUCCCCACAUGGCCUCUACUUCUAUCUAUUUCAUCAUUUGAGCCUCAAUCAUUGUACUUAUUAUUACAACACACUGUAUUGUUUGCAUCAUCUAAUUAUUUCUCUCUUUCUUAUCUGCGUUAUUCUUGCUUUUUUUCGUUUUUUUAUGGCUUCUUGGGCCAGGAAGGAGCUUGCUAGACUCAAAUUCUACAAACCCAGUAAGAGACUACUGCUUCCUCCUCCACUCAACUUGCAGCCUUCUCAUGAUGGUGAUGACUCCUCCACAUUGUCUCAGGUUCAAGAAGUCGUUUUAGCAGCUGAUUUAAGAUGUGCAACAUGCCAAAAGAGGAUGACUGAUGCAAUUUCAAGUAUUGAUGAUAUAGAGUCAAUGGUGGUGCUUGUACGAGAAAAGAAAGUGAUAGUUACUAGUAAAACUACGGGUAAAGUUUCUUCAACAAAAGUUGCUGCAAUCUCCGACAUUAAUCCAGCUGCCGGCAGACCCUCCGGGGUUCCUUUAAAAGUCUAAUUGUCUACAUUUGUUAUGAUUUUUGUGUUUGUCUGAUCAACCAUGCUUUUCAGUUUCUGUCCCAUUUGAGCAUAUUACAUAUGGAUACUAAGUAUAGAACUACAUUGUCAACAAUAUAUAUAUAAUACUCUUUUUCAUAUCUAUUAGUCUAGUUGCUGAACAGGAAACAACUUUAGUAAUCAGGGUUCAAGUGCUCAGGCUAGACUAUAAAUAUUUGCAAUUAGAACAUGUACGUAAUUGAUUACUUUGGAGGUUCACUGUGGUCAGUAGAAUAAGAAAUUGGUAAGAUUCUUCUGA